AGUGAUUCUUGAGAAUAGGGACAAAACAGGUCCCAUGGAUAAAGUACAAAAUUUGAAUAAAAUAUACACCAAAUAUAUAUUUUUUAAAUAUCUGACUUAACUAACCUGGGUCAUCUGAGCACAACAAUGUAUGUUUUCCUGGUGUUUGCUGAAUAUUUUUUUAUUUUAAACAUUGUAGUAGGUGAAUGGUGUCUGUAAAAGCCCUUGUCCUGGUGUAGAACUCAAUACAUUAUCAUAGUUUAAAAGAACUAAAAUAAUUAUAUUUAGUUGUCAUAAUAUAUUAUUUUAUAAGUAUUCAAACAACUAACUUCAUAACUAUCAAUGAAUGCAAUUAAAAGUCAUUUAAUGUAUUUUCAAAUUCAAUUGAAAUUGUGUCCUCAGUUUUUGUCAACACCGUCAGACAUAGAAAGAAUGUGAAAAAAAUCAGGCAUUAUUGAAGGGCACCAGAAAUUCUGAGGACCCCAUGACCACUUUCUUUCUCUUCCUGUGCUUGGGGGGAUAAGCAGCUCUGGCUACAAUGGCCAGAGAAAAGCUGUCAGUGGAGGAGCGCAAGAGAAGGAACAGGGAGUAUCAGAAAAGAAGGAGAGAAAAAAUAAAUAGCCAAUCCUGUCACUAUGGACAAAAUCUCCCGCAGAUCACACUUCACACAGGCAUGUUCUACACUGGGCAACAAAAAGCAGGAUUCUGCACAAUCUCGGAGUCAAAGCGUCAGGAUGCUGCAGCCAUAUGGACCUAUAUGGAUCAAAUCCUCACAGAUAUUCACAUCAGAUAUCCGGCUAUAAACACUAUCCACUUUUGGUCUGAUGGUCCAAGCAAACAAUAUAAAAAUAAGAAGAACUUCUUUCUCCUCUGUGUUGUCCCGCAACGUCUGGGAUUUGAGAAAGCUACAUGGAAUUUCUUCCCAACAUCACAUGGCAAAGGCGCUCCAGAUGGCAUUGGGGCGACGGUGAAGAGAUGUGCUGACAGUAUUGUGCUGAGAGGUCAGGAUAUCAUAGAUGGCAAAUUAUUCUUUGACAAGGUGUCCAACAGCUUAAGUGGUGUCAAGCUGCAAUUUGUGACAAAUGAAGAUUUUCAGUCUUAUGACUCUCUCCUCCUGCAAACCCUGAAAUCAAUUCCAGGAACAAGAAACAUUCACCAAGUGCUAGCUCAGGGGAAUGUCAUCCAUUGUAGGUUCCUUUCAUGUUUUUGCGGAGAGCCACAGAUUUGCAAGUGCUUCAGUCCCACCAUUCACUCUUUUGGCAACACAACACAGGACCCAGAUGUCCAUGAAAGUUCAACCACUGCUAAAGUUCAAAAUCCUCUGGAAAUGCUGAUGGAGGAAAUGGAGAAGGAGCCGAGCAAGACACCUAAAGGAACAACAACCCUGAUAGAUCCUUGUGAUGUCCAAAGUGAAGACUGGCUUGUUGUGAUGUAUGAUGGAAAAUGGUGGCUGGCUAAAGCCUUACAAAUUGACAAAGAGCACGAAGAUGUACAAGUGGAAUUUUUUCAUCCUCAUGGACCAACUCUUAGCUUCAAGCAAAAACAAGGUCGUCGGGAUAUCUGCUUUGUGCCAUUUUCGGAUGUCCUAGUUAGGCUGAGAAAACCAUCCUCACCAGUCCGCACAAGCAGCACCAGGGGUGUAUACCGCAUUUCACCAGCUGUUAUGGAUUUUAUUGAAGGAGAAUAUGUGACACGUCUAUUGCCUGGGGAUUAAAUAU